UGGGUGCUGCGCUGAGGGGGACAGACCCCGUGCUCAGCGUCCUUGGGCAGGUCCCAAUUCCCGUGAGCUCCUCCUCAUCGCAGCGUUUCGCUGGCUGGAGGGAGCCCGUGCGGGGCGAGGGCUCCGGGGCCGAGGGAUGCCCCUGGUCGGGGCUGCAUCCCCGAGCAGCCUCAGCCGCCGCGCCCGCUCGGUGCCGCCGUCCCGGGCGUUGUCCUUGAGCGCCGCGGCCCCGGAGCCGGAUCGCCGCCCUCCCUUCGCAUCCAUGCCCGCGUCCCUCGGCACCAGCGACUUGGAUCAUGAAUAUAAGUGAAGACUUUGACGUCAGAGUUGAGAUUUAUCAGCAGAUCCAAUGGGGCAGGAAUAUUAAGUGCAAGUGAUGCCAGCUCUCUGCCAACGCUAUUAGCGAUGCUCGCCGAGGAAUGAGGCUUCGCACCGAGGGCUGGAAGGACCGGCGAGGAAAAAAAAAAUAAAAAAAAACGGGGUGGGGGGAGCGAGCCGAUCCUCGAGCAUUAAAACCAGCGAUGCUGCACGGCCCCGCCGCCAUGGGGGAGCCGUGGCCGCCGCAGCCGCAGCAGCAGCAGCAGCGGCUCCCGGGGCUCGGCAACGCCUCGGAGCCCCCAGCCUGGCCCUCGGCGGCGGCGGCCGGGCCGGGCACGGCGGCGCCGGGCGGCGGGGCCGCGGCCGCGGGCUCCGUGAGCCCCUGGGACAUCGCGCUGUGCGCCACGGGCACGGCGGUGGCGGGCGAGAACGCGCUGGUGCUGGCCGUGCUGUUCUACACGCCGAGCCUGCGGGCGCCCAUGUUCCUGCUGAUCGGCAGCCUGGCGCUGGCCGACCUGCUGGCCGGGCUGGGGCUGGUGGCCAACUUCGCCGUGCGCUACCUGCUGCGGCCGCCCAGCGAGGCGGCGGAGCUGGCGGCGGCGGGGCUGCUGCUCGCCGCCUUCUCCGCCUCCGUCUGCAGCCUGCUGGCCAUCACCGUGGACCGCUACCUGUCGCUGUACAACGCGCUCACCUACCACAGCGAGCGCACGCUGGGCUUCACCUGCGCCAUGGUGCUGCUGAUGUGGCUGCUGUGCCUGGGCGUGGGGCUGCUGCCCCUCCUGGGCUGGAACUGCCUGCGGGACCAGAGCUCCUGCAGCAUCCUGCGGCCCGUCACCAAGGACAACGCGGCCGUGCUGGCCGUCACCUUCCUGCUGCUCUUCGCGCUCAUGAUGCAGCUGUACCUGCAGAUCUGCAAGAUCGCCUUCCGGCACGCCCAGCAGAUCGCCGUGCAGCACCAGUUCAUCGCCACGGCGCAGGCCACCUCCACCCGCAAAGGGCUCUCCACGCUCUCGCUCAUCCUCGGCACCUUCGCGCUCUGCUGGAUCCCCUUCGCCAUCUACUCGCUGGUGGCCGAUUCCAGCUACCCCGCGGUGUACACCUACUCCCUGGCGCUGCCCGCCACCUGCAACUCGCUCAUCAACCCCAUCAUUUACGCCUUCCGAAACCCGGACAUCCAGAAGUCGCUGUGGCUGGCCUGCUGCGGGUGCAUCCCCUCCACGUUCUCCUCCAGACCAAGGACAUCCAGCGACGUGUGAGGACUGAGCACGCAGCCAGAGGCGCUCCCUGGCUCUCCUGCUCCUUCUCUUUUUCCCCUCUGUCGUUAUUGUCUCCUACCGGGAGGAGUCCCCUCCCCGGUCAGCACAUCUCGUUCCAUGGAAAGAUGGCCAAAAAGAGAAAAGAGGAAAAAAAAAAAAAAAAAGCAGCAAAAGAGAAAAGGAAAGAGAGAGAGUAGAAUGAUAGAAUGAUAAUGGUUUCCUUUAGAAAUGUUAUUUUCUUACACAUUUUAUUUU